AUGCUGAAAGUGUUUGAGAACAUCCGCCGCACGGACCCCGGCGCCCUGGCCAAGAUCGUCCCGAUCAACGGGGACUGCUUCGAGAAGCGGCUUGGCCUCUCGCCCGACGACGCGAGCAUGGUGCAGGCCGAGGUGAACGUGUUCGUGCACACGGCCGCCUCGGUGCGCUUCGACGACCCCGUCAAGCAGGCCGUGCUGCUCAACACGCGCGGCGCGCAGGAGGUGUGCAGCCUGGCGCUGGGCAUGCCGCACCUCCGCGCCCUGGUGCACGUGUCCACGACCUACAGCAACACGAACCACCCCAUCAUCGAGGAGCGGGUGUACCCGGCCACGGCCAAGUGGCGCGAGAUGGUCCACCUCGCCGAGACCCUCACGGAGGAGGACUUCCAGCGGCAGGCGCCCCAGCACAUGGGCUACCACCCCAACACGUACACCUUCACCAAGUCACUCGCCGAGCAGGUCGUCAACGACCACCGCGACCGCCUCAACGUCGCCAUCUACCGCCCGUCCAUCGUGGUCGGCGCGAUGAAGGAGCCCAUGCCCGGUUGGGUGGACAACCUGAACGGACCCAUGGCGCUGUGCGUCGGCGUGUCCAAGGGUCUGAUCCACACGGCGCUGGCCGACGAGAACUCCGUCAUGGACAUGGUGCCCGUAGACAUCGCGGUCAACGGCAUCAUCUUGGCCGUCUACGAAACCAUGAGGAACUCGACACGCGGUGAAAUCAAGGUGUUCAAUGGAUGUUCGUCAAACAAGAAGACUCUAAAGGUUCAAGAGAUCAUGGACUUGGGUCUGAAGUGUAUCGAGAAAAAUCCCCAUGAUCGGAUUUUGUGGUAUCCCUUCGUUUUCGUCACGAGCAGCAAAGUGAUGUUCACAAUACUCACUUGCAUAUUCCAUUUCUUCCCCGCGCUCAUCGUAGACACAAUUACGAGAUUAACGGGCAACAAACCUUGGAUGUGGAGAACAUAUAUGAAGGCAUACAAAGCUACACUGGCCAUCCGCUACUUCACACUUCAUCACUGGGUCUUCCGAAACGAAAAGUUUUUUGAGCUGGAGCAAAACCUGAACGAACGGGACGCUGCUACUUACAAGUUAGACCAGUCCAAGGAAGUGGAUAUCCCUGCGUUCAUAGCAUUGUCAAUGGAAGGCGUCCGUAGAUACGUUCUAAAGGAGAACAUGGACCCUGUUAAGGCCAAGAGAAACCAGAUGACAAUGUACAUAAUCGACCGUGUCGUGAGAGGACUUUUGCUGUACUUCGCGGUCACUUCAACAUAUGGAUUUAUUUCUGGUCUCGUAGGAUGAGAAUGAAUGUAUUUUUCUUGAAGUUGCAUAAACGUAAAAAAACAGUUACUUUAAUUUUGUGUCAAAGAAGACUUAGGAUGUGCUGCUCACAUUGGUAUCUUCCAGUGAAAGUACUUAAUAUUUUUUGCUACCCUCUCAUCUCCUACUGGAUGUGUUAUCCGUUUGUUACGGAGAAUUUUGUGCAAACGUAUUAUGGAUAACAAAUCAUCCUUAAUACGGAUGACAUUGUCUGUAAUACAGAAAACUUUAUCCGUCUUACGGAUGAUUAGUGAUCCAUAAUACGUUUGCACAAAACUCUCCGCAAGCGAGUCCGUAAGAAAAUGAGAGUGUAAAUACUUUAAAGAUUGAUGUAAAUUGUGAGUAUAUGUCAUAGGUUUAAUGUAGCUAUUGUUUUAAUUAUUAGUUCAAACACUUUGACUGACGUGUUUGAGUAAGUUUUCGUGAAACAUCCCUGUGAAGAAUAAUGAUUUUCGUGCCGAAUCAAUCCUAAAAUGGUCCUGAAAUCGACACAUUUCACUUCGGCUUUUCACUGGGAUUUAGGUGUAUCCAUCCUAUAAAACUUAAGUACAUUGUUAAAAAUGAUUUUACUUUUAAGAUAAACUUGACUUGCCGUUUCAGAUUAAAGUUAAUGUUUCACUA